GCAGGUGCAGCCAUGAGAUAACAUACGUCUGAAGCAACAAAUUUACAAAACUCCUCCCUCCUAUAAUUCCCCUAAAAAAUGCUAUCAGAAGUGGAGGGCAUGGGGUGGAUAUCCGGCAAUGGCGGCUUAGAAACCAGCAGCCAACCGGCCGCUAGUAUGGGCAGCAUGUCAGCUGCCCCCCCAUUCAAAUCCUUACUGCUGGAAGACGUGGGCUGCAACUGGUACAUGCCCUCCUUCCCCGACCCCAACAGUCUGUUCAUGAACCCAGCACUCGAGUCCUCUUCAUCCUCUUCUCCCCUGUUCUUCGGUUUGGGAAGUCACAACCCGUUUCUGGAUCACCAUUUUCUCACCAGAGGAACUGGGAUUUCGAGCGGCGGAUUUUGCGAUUUCAGUACCCAGACCCCCCCACUCGGGGCUCCAGAUUUCAAUCUCCACGGCGGAUCUUUGGGAUUCAAUAACAGGCCGUCUAAGUUGUUGAAGCCGCUGGACCGUUCUGGGACGUCCAUGGGAGCACAGCCCACUCUGUUCCAGAAAAGGGCUGCUGCUGCUGCUGUGAGGAGGAAUAAUCUUGCGGCGGCUAACAUCACCACGGCUGAUGACAAGAAGACGGCGGCUGAAACGAAUGGGGAUGAAGUGGAGUAUUGGAAUGAUUCAGAUGAUGCGUUAGUGCAAAAGGAGAUUGAGGCUGAGGAGGAGGAGGAUGCUCAGAAUAACCACAAUGGCGGCGGAGGAAUGAGUACAACGGUUACGGGCGGAGGAGAUCAGAGAGGCAAGAAGAAGAAGAAGGGGCUUCCGGCCAAGAAUUUGAUGGCGGAAAGGCGACGCCGCAAGAAACUCAAUGACAGGCUUUACACGUUGAGGUCUGUCGUCCCUAAGAUUAGUAAGAUGAACAGGGCUUCAAUCUUAGCAGAUGCAAUAGAGUACUUGAAGGAGCUUCUACAGAGAAUAAAUGACCUCCAAAAUGAAUUGGAUUCCGCGCCAUCAUCGUCUAGCUCUGCAGUGGCCACAAGCUUUUACCCUGUCACACCUACUGCCGCUGCCGCAUCUUCCCUAACUUCCUGCCACAUCAAAGAAGAAAUCUCUCCAACCCCGCAUCCACCAAGAGCCUGCUUAACUCUUUUAAAUUAGUGCCAACUUGAGGUAAAAAUUCCAAUACCCGCAUAGAAGGAUGUCCAAGACGCUUGUCCACCCACACCAAUUGUCGUCCUCAAGGUAAGGUCCUGUAUAACUCAAUUUGCAUGAGUAAAUUUUAUGCUUAAUCUAUUGUCCCGUAGUAAAGUCGACACCGAUAAUAAAUUGGAGGUGAAAUCGGGCACGAAAAAUGCAUUCUUUAGAACGAGUUGAUUAACGACAACAGGACCAAUCUUUUUUGCUUGUGUUGAGCACCCCGUUGGUAAACCAAUAUCUGUAGGUGGUAUAGUAAAAAAAUAAUCAAAUAAAUUUUUCAUUACAACACACAUUAUGAGAAGCCCCAGCGUGAAGCGAAAAUUAUUUUCGAAAUUGUGUGACCACAUUUGCCUUUGGUUGGUGACCUGUAACAACACUAGUAUGUUGUUCAUUGUUUCUUGCUUCAGAACCUCGUCCACGACCUGCUCCCUUGCGUAUGUCUUCCCACCUUCAGGAUUGCAUCGUUCUUGAGUAUGACCUGUACGAGAGUAAAAUGACACAAUAAAGGUGAGCGAGUUCCUCAGCUUGAACCUCAUCCAGAAGAAUUGCCACCGCGGACAACAAAGCUCAUAGGUGGGGCUACAUUUGUUCUGCCAGUAGUUACCAGCCGCACCUCCUGUUCUUGAAUUAAGCGCCUGUAUUUAAACUGGGAAGAGGUUGAACGGAAAGUUGCAUAAUAUGCUUCAAGCCCCAUCAGAAACUCUAAACCUGGUUAGCUUCACGUCUCUUGCACAAAGUGGCAGAUAUUCCACACUUACACCUAGCACAAGUACACAUUUGUUAGGCAUACAAAUCAUUUAAAUCAUCCCACACUUUUUUCAACCCACCAUAAUAAUUCAUUAUGGACUCGCCACUCUUCUGUCUGCAAUCAGCUUUUAUUUGAUAAAUUUUAAAUCGUUUCCAACAGAAAAACGUUGUUUGAUAUCCUCCCACAACUCGUGCGCUACAUCACGAUAAGAGAUGGAAGAACGCAAACCUGGAUGGAUGGUGUUGAACAUCCAAGCAAUAACCAUCGAGUUUAGCGCCCACCAAUUUUCAAGGUGGGGAGAGUCUUUCGAAGUCCCAUCGACGAACAUGAAUUUGCGGUUCGCUCGGAGAGAGAUACGGACACCCCUGGCCCAUUCCUCAUAGUUCGGUCCUCUCAAAAUGACAUGAGUAAUCACUGUCCCGAGAUUGUCGUUUGGAUUGAGAAGAAACAGAGGAUUCGGUGUUGAAUCUUCCUUGUUUUCAUCGGACAGAGGUGUCUAAACUGGCUCUAACGCCAUAAAGUAAAACAAAACAAUGAAGGAAAGAAUGGAAUGUUUCGUUUCUAUUACUGAGCGUAUGUAGAACACUUUAUAGUUUAUACAGCUCAAGUUUCUCGAAUUUAGGUAACUAAACAUACACUUAAUAAAUACAUAUCAAAAUCAAAUAUCUGUUAUUAAUAAGAAUAUUGUCUAAUAGAGGGGUUGUAAGGAAUAAUUGUAUUUAGAUUUUGAUGAUGCUAUAUCCAUUAGGACUUUAGAAGUACCCCUUUAGAAAUGAUGUAUUAGAAUUUUCCUUUGUAAAAAUUCUUAGAUGUAUUCGACUUGACAGAAGUGCUUCAAGAACAGAAGGGCUCCCAGAGCAGAAGUGCCUCUUAAGGCUUUGUUGGAACAGAGGACCCUUGGUUCUCUGCUCCAGAACAGAAGUCCUCUGGACCUCUGUUAGUAUUGACUCUGACAGAAACCCUUCUGGGUCACUGUUGGCUACUCCCAACAGAAGUGCUCCAGACCUCCUCUUUUAUACUCCAUGAUAA